GUUGGUGGGCCCUGGAGACGGACGUGGUUUACAUAAUUUCAUUUUAUGCAUAGCACAAAAACCCCAAUCCGGGCAGCCACGUGCGAGCGAAACCGACUGCGGUACAGAGACUAUGCAAAUAAGCGGAGGGCUUGUGGGCGGGGCUUGCGUGGAAGCAUGCCGAGAAGAACCCGCAGGGCGCGUAACAGAGAAGAGGUGUGGAAAAAGGCUGUUGUGGGAGGAGAGUAAUGAUACCCGCAUCUAUUAUGUUAAUAAGGACGGUGGGCGGGACAGGAUUGUGAGCUCAACCCGGGGUGGGGAGCGAAACGAGGGGGAAGCCCAAGGAAGAGCUGCUGGUUGCGGCGAUAGCAUCAGCGACGGCAGCAGCAGCAGCAGCAGCAGCAGCAGCAGGAGGAAGAGGAAGAAGGAAGAGGAGGAGGCGAAGGAGGAUGCAGAGCCCGGCCAGCAGCUGACCCCGGGGGGGGAGCCCGGCCAUGGCCUUCCUGGGGGGGCCCAGGCUCCUGGACUGGGCCAGCUCCCCCCCUCACCUGCAAUUUAACCGCUUCGUGCUGACGGGCUACCGGCCGGUCAGCUCCGGGUCCGGCUGCCUCCGCAGCCUUUUCUACGUGCACAACGAACUGGGCAACAUCUACACCCAUGGUAUCCCUCUGCUGGGGUGUCUCUUCGUGCUGCCCUUGACCAUUCCGUGGGGCCGAAUCUCAAUAGCAUGGCUAGGAAUCGUGCACUACCUGGCUUGUAUCUUUCCACAGCUGGGCAGCGUGCUCUAUCACCUCUUCAUGAACCACGAGGGAGGCCCUGUCGUCUACCGUACCUUGCUCACCCUUGAUAUGUGCGGGAUAUGCAUGGUCAACACUUUGGGUGCUCUCCCAAUCAUCUAUUGCACGCUGGCCUGCACUCCGUUUCCCCGCACAGCUGCCCUGCUGGCCUACACAGGCUUGUCAAGCUACGGUAUCUUUUGCGCAGUGACUGCCAGUUCCAGUGUCCGGCGCCUACGGGCUUUUGCCUGGCAAGCCCUCUUCCGCUUUUUCUUCUUUUACCUGCGCUCGGUGGGGCUGGGCACUGGCCACCCCUCCUCACUGCGUUCAUACCUCAUAAUGGACGGUUUGGCUUUUCUCGGGGGCGUCAUCAACAUCUCACGGGUGCCUGAGCGCUGGAAGCCGGGCCGCUUUGACUACUGGUUCAACAGCCAUCAGAUUAUGCACGUGCUGGUGGUGGUCAGUAUCCUCUAUCUCCACUGGGGAGUAGUGGCUGAUCUACAGUGGAUUGCCAACUACAUUUGCCCGAUGGAAUGACUGCACCAUGUCUGGAUCCCACCCUUCCAAAGAAGAACCCCACUGAUUUGAAAAGUGAGGGACUUCUGGUGUGUGGGCCACAAGUUCUCAUCAAUCAAGGGCUGACACAGAAAAGAAAGGACUUUUUUUAUAUAUAAGCCACUCAGAAAAGAGUCAUGUUUUUUCCUCUCUGCUGGGGUUAUGGUUUUCCAUUGCUUGAGUGUUUGUGGAUAAACAUGUAUAGGAUUUGGAAACUCUGGGGUCUACAGCAAUGGAUUUCCACUGGUUGAGGUGCUUCUAGAUCAGUUUGUGGUCAAUUGUUCUUCCAAAUUACCAUCUAGGGCACUGUUCUUCAAACUUGGUCCCCAGAUGUUGUUGGACUACAACUCUCAUCAUCCUUGGCCAUUAGCUAAACUAGCUGGGGUUGAUGAGAGUUGUAAUCCAACAACAUCUGGGGACUCAAGGUUGAAGAACAGUGAUGUAGGGGGUAGUGUUGGUGUAAGCAUUCUUUUGUUAAGAACUGUUUUAGUUUGCUGACUUACAGUCUCAUAUGACUUGUGGGAAGUUAUCAGUGGUGUUAGGAAAGGUUUUCCAUACUUGAAGCCCGUUGCAUACAUUCUUGUUGGCUGCAGCCCUUUUCCCAUCAGAGAUAGACUCCCCUUAGCUUUGGUGGUGACCAAGGAAGAACACCAUUGUUUUGGACAUCUUUUUCACCUAUUUUGAGGGUGACAUAUGCACUGGGCAAAUAGAGAUUCAGUAGAAGAUGCUUGUUCAGAGUACAGCCUCUCUGCUUUAUAGAGGCAGGUUAUUUAAAUAGACUUUUUAUCCAGGUGUCUUUCAGACACCAUGCAAUACUUUCUUCUUAUUCUUUCUUUAAAAAGGGCUGGUUAGACACCUAGGUAUCGAGGUCUGCUACACUGAGUGUUGGUGAAGGACCUUGAGGAAAGGAAUGGUGUGAUUCAGCUAGUCUGCUUGUUAAAGAAGAGAUGCUCUGUCUAUAUUCAUUUGCUCUGAAAUGACUUGAAGCACUGAACCAGCUUUCCUGCCCCCUCCGGAGGGGUAACUAGCGGCCUUGAAACUGAAUUGGGUGGAAGGUCUGGAGUCCAUAUUUCCACUUCGUUUUCAUCAAAUCUGGGCCCACAGCUACUUGCAGCAUGUUUCAGUUUCCCCUUUCUCUUCUGGUGUAGGGAUUUGGGGAUCAUCCUGCAAUGUCUAUUCUUGGGUUGAACCCCACUCCCCUGCCCCCCGUCUGCUUCCCCAGUGAUACAUAGAGCCAGAGUGGGUGUUUUCCAGAGCAUAGUUUAGCAUGAUAUUGGAAGAGGUAUGUCCUGCUCCAUUUCUCAGUAGAGGUGGCUGCAGCACAAGUGAGUUGCUGCUGUCAUCUUCCCCUGUCUUACUGACCUUCGUUGAUCAGGAGGCCACUUACCCUGCUCCCAAAUUCCAGUUCACUUCCUUCAGUGGCUGUUGAGUUAGUUGAACUGGUUCACAUUGACCAACUUACUUUUUUGAAUUCUGUUUCAGUGGAAUCAGGUUAAUUAUAACUUUGAAGAAUAGCUAAGUUUUUAACAGAUUCUUGGUCAGCAACUAGAUUUCUAAGUGGUCCAUUUUGAAAAUACAGGGAUGAAAGGCUGUGCCUCAGUGGCAUUCUGGCAAAUGCUGUUGCCGUCUGUUUGACACAGGGACCUUCAGCUACUGAUCUAUAAUUUAGGUCUCCCCUCCCCAGCCUGGUACCCUCCAGGUGAUUUAGCCUACAAGUCCUAUCAGGCUUAGUUGACACAACCAUGGUGGCUGGGGCUGAUGGGAGUUGUAGUCCAAAACAUCUAGAGAGCACCAGGCUGGGGAAGACUAGUUUAGGUACUCCCUUGGUGCAAGUGAGCCAAAUAUCUCAAUCCAUAGUUGCUUUAUAACUUUUUUCUAUGGUUCAUGUAGUGAGCCCUAGCCCUCUUCAACAUUUGGGCUCCAAAUGAGAAUUGUGGAAAGAUCUGGCUUUUAAGGUAAAUGGUUCUUCAGCUAGAGUUCUAGUUUUUAUGGCACAAGUUCUUAAACCAUCAUCUUUUUGUUUGGCCUCAAUGGAAUACACCUAAACUGCUUCCUGAAAAUCAGCAUCAUAGUCCAUAUUGGGUAGCUCUUAUAAAUAAAGAAAUAUUUUAAUUUUGAUUAUCAAUUUAACAAAUGUAUUUACCUAGAUUUCAAUAAUGUGGCUUUUGAAAAAGCCAUCUGCAGAGGAUUUUCUUCCCCCCGCCCCCAGUGGGGAUUCUAUAUUGUCUAUGCAGCACCACCUUAAUCUGAAUCUUAAAUCUGUACUGUAUAAGUGGCUGGAUAAUGGAGUAUGUAUGAAAAUAGUUAAAACCUAUUCUGGUGAUCCAGACUGAUAAUUAGUUUUCAGUGUAGGAAGCAAGUCUCUCUAGAUUUUAUUCAAUUUAGGGCCAAACAAGAUAUGUAUCUUUCCAUGAAUGUGAGAAGGUAGGGAACUGCAAGUUAACCCUGUGCUUUCCUCAUUUCAGGAGGGAGGCAGCAGAAAAACAGCUAAGCCAGAUUGUGAAGGGAGAAGCACUUCACCCCUACCUCUUCUACUGUUUAAACUCACAGUGCCCGAGGCAUUGUGUGUUUUGAAAUAAAAAUGUCAGGGAAAGAUCUACAAAUACAUGUCAUGUUAGUUUGGACCUCAGUCACCUUUAGAACAGGUGACAAAACUGCCGGAGAAAGACUUAGACUGAGUGACUAUCUGGAAUGGCCAAAUAUAAGGCAGCUCUCAUGGAUUUUAUGGGGGGGGGGUGGACAGUGAGUUUGGGUCUUCUCUUUGAUAUUGAAGAUUGUCUUCUGCAAAUGCAGAAGAUGCAUUGAUGGUGUGAAACCUUCAUUGUGGCUGAAUUAAGCCUCCCCCAGCGGGGGUGGGAAGUGUCUUUGUUUUCUGCUCUCCCUAUUUUGGGCUGGGGUUUCACUUCGCUGCCAGCAGCCCAGUCUUGUCUCUUGUUAUCUCAGGGUAGACGGACAUGGUUAAUGUUCGCAGCUUCUUUGGGCUGAAAUUACAUAUCUUAAAAUAUAAGAGCGGGCCACCAAAUAAAUAAAUAAAUAAAUAAAUGCACUCCAUGAAGGAGGGAGAGAAGGGAACUAUAGCUGCUUUAAGGUCCAAAAUCUAUUGAGCAGACAACAAGUCUGGGCUUCUAAUAAAGAGAGAUGUCAACUCA